AUGAAGAAAUGCCUGCUACAGAUCCCCGACCUGGACCGUGGCUUCUCCAACUUGCUCAAGAAAACUUACAAGGAGCUCUAUGACUCUCUUAAGGAGUUGACUUCCAAAGGCUCCACUAAGCCAGGACCGCCAGGGACCUCUAGUGCAGCACCACCCGCAGCCAGUGGCCGCGGUCCAGAGACCCCACCGGGCCUCAACCAGUCGCAGCAGCCCCGUACCGGCACCACGCCGCCGCCCCCUGAUGUCAGGUCUCACGUUGCACUGGCGGAAGCUGCUCUGGUGGGGUCCAGUGCCCAGACGGCGGCUGGACUUGCAGCCGGCAACUCUGCCAGCUCCCAGCCGACCAGUGCCCGAGACCUAAGCGCACUUGCGCGCCUCGUCCAUGCCAAGAGGCUGCACCAGCAGGCGGAUGGUGCCGCCGCCUCACGUGAGAAUGACCACCCGGCCCCAAGACGCCCCGCCAGGGUCCCAACUCCAGCCAGCUCCGCCUCGGGGGCUGCCAGGCUGGCGGCACUGUACGACGGUCUACCGCCGGCGCGUGUAGCGACCGGGUCAUGUCAGGGAACCCAAGCGGCGAUGGACGAAGCUGGGCAGGUCCCGGCGGUGCAGCAACCGGCGGCGCCUGGAACAGCUGCACCCACCGGUCCGGGCUCCCAGCAGGCAGUAGCUGUUUUGGAUAACGCGGAUACAAUUACGGCCGAUGUGCCGGCCAUUCGAGACCAUGCAAGUUUGGAGGGGGACAUAAUACCUUCACGCGGUGGAGGUCCUGCUCACGAGGGCGGCACUGGUUGUAGCAGCGUCGGUGGGCAAGGGGGCCUUUCGCAGUGCCGAGAGCAGCCGCCGGGCAAUAGUGGUGGCGGCAGCCGCAGGUCUUCACAGCAGCUGCUGGAGCAGGCCAGGGCUUCAGGUUCUGGCUUAGCGCGGAGCCUUCUGCUCCAUACCGCCCAGCCUACAAGCGCGACGGCGUCCGAGGGCCCAGAUCCGCCGGGUCGGAUGAUGGGCCUAGCGGGGAAGGUCCCUGCGUCGGAACGCGAACGCCGGCAUACGGUACUGAUCCAAGCGCAGCUGGUGGCGGCGGGGCUGGGGCCGGGGCAUCGGCUCUGGUGGGGGAGCGUGCCAAACGGCCAUGGGAGCCCGGCAGUGCUACCCCUGAAUCUUCAGCCAGCAAAAGGAAGCACAUUGGAGAUGUGCGGCGGUCCCCUCAGACCUUCCGUGAUGGCUUCUCGAGUGGCUGCCGAGGUCGCGACGGAUGCGGCACUCAUUGGUCGGUACUUCGGUUCUAAAUCAGCUGCAUCAGUGCUGUCGCGGGCAACGGCAUCUGCUGGCGCAGUAGCGUCCCAAACAAGGGGCACCGCCAGCAAUGCCGAAG